AUGGGACGGAGAAAGGUCAACGCUCACGUCUCGGGCGACGAUGCUCAACCUGCAGCCCGGCAUCCUUCUACUACAGCCAGCGUUGCUAUGAGUGUAUCCCCAAGCCCGAGCCCCAUACAAGGGCCCGCGCCUCCGCCUGCAAAACGCGCAGAGCCCUUGGGCCAGACUAAUGCUUCUACUAUGCCUGGCCCGAGCAACGCUUUUAUGACUACACGAGGCCAGAAGAGGAAGGCCAUGACUCUUGAACCCCCCGGUGAAACAACGCUGGAUCAGUCGCAACGGCGUCGCCAGAACUCAGACGCAGACUACAUUGCAACUGGACCAGUCCCCGUCCAGGAGGCUCAGACGCCAGGGUAUUAUCCGGGUACCCAGUAUGGGGUUUCGGGGCCUUAUUCCAAUCAACAUUCGAUGCGCAAUAGCCGGCAGGGCUCAGCUUCACACCGGGCACCGAGUCAGAGUGCGGGACCGUAUUAUCCUCCUCCAGGCACCGCAAUGACCCAGUACGGUAGGACCACUGGUCAGGCAAACUACUCAAUGACUCCUAACUCCAUCUCAGCCUCACGGAACCCAAGCAUUCCUAGCACCGAGUUCGCCCCUCAUUACCCACUGCCCCCUAUACGCCCCAGUCCAACACCCAGCCAGAUGAGCACCCAAAUGCCCCCAGCGGCGCACCCACAGCCACAACAUCCUUCGGAAAUGGGUCAAAUCACUAUGGUGCCACCGGCUGCUGUGAUCCGCGACCUACAAGCCCACGUGCGGAAAGUUGAGGAGGUGAAUGCAGUUAGGUUGAGGCAUCUGUCUGACUUGGCAUCAAGGCUCCGACAAUCCGACGCUGCGAAUGCGGGAUUGCGCAAGGAACUGAAACACUCGAUCCGGGUAUCAGGACAUGCUGCGCGUCUCGAGAGCCUCAGCAGCGACGAGAUGUUACAAUUGUUUAUUAAUAGCCUCCAGCGUGACACGCGAAACUUAAACGCGGACAAGGAACAACUCGAGAUGGAGAUUAUUCGCCUUAAAGAGGAACUCAAUAAGGUUGUCAAUGGACUGCCUAGGGACACAGCACCAAUAGUUAGAGAGAAUCUGGAACUGAAGGCCAAGUUGCAGCGCAGUGCUUGGAUACUGGCCUCCAUCGAGAAGCAGGUGGCCCGGGGGAUGGAGCCGGAGAACAGCGCCGGUGGUCCCAGUGGACAAUGA